GUGCGCGAGCGGGGCAUCCUCGUCUACCUCUCCGGCACAGGUGCGGAUGAGAUCAUCUCAGACUACGGCCACGGAGGGAAGAAGAUCUUUCCCCACUCCAACUUCGGAGGUCUCUUCCCUGAAGACUUGGGUACGCUCUUCCCGUGGGAGGCCUUCUUCCUUGGAACGCAGCGGGACUACCUCAUGAAGGAGGAGCUGGUGGCUGGAGUGCAUGGCGUGGAAGCCAGGUAUCCCUUCCUGGAUCGCAUGGUGGUUCAGGAGAAGACUAGACGGGACAUCUUUGGUCAAGGCGGACCCAAGGGUGGCAUUCCCUUGCUCUUCGAAAAUCUCUCGGCCACCCGCCUACCUCUGCCGCUCCGAUAUAAGCAUUUGGGUGUGCAACAGAUGCCCCUGGGAGGGAUGCUCGAGGAGCUCCGUUUCCGCACCUCCCAAGCACGCAGUGCUUUUGCUGAGGCGAGACGCAAGGUCUUCCGCUCCAGAGCCAUCCCUUUGCGACGAAAAGCCAUGAUCUUGGCAUCUACUGUGCUUUCUAAGCUUCUGCUCGGGGCUGGGUCAUGGCCGCCUUUGAAUAAGCGUGAGGAGAGACUCUUCGAUGGCACCCUUUGGAGCUUGUACCGGAGCGUUCUGGGCAUUAAAUUUGCCGAGGACCAGCACAUCACCGCAUCCACGUGCUUUGCCCUGCUUCAGAUGCCAGACCCUGGGGUGACGCUCCGCUGCUCACGACUGUCGUACUUGGCCCAAAUGUUGCGUGCUGCCCCUGACCCCCUCUGGGCUAUUGUCAGAGCCGAUCAGCCCUACAUGGAGCUUUUGUGGCAGGACCUCAGCUGGCUUUACGCUUGGUGCCACUGUACCAUGGAUUGGCCCCACCCUCGUGCCGAUUGGGGCUCAUGGGCGACGGGCAUUGUGCGUUUCCCAGGUUGCGCCAAGCUUUUUGCCUCGCGCCACCGGCUCCGUCGUCACUUGGUGACGAGCCAGCAGUGUGUUGCCAACUGGGGUGCCUUCGACCCCGCAAGCAGUGAGCUUCAAUUGCAAGGACACCCUUUAGCUCCCCCAACGGUUACCCGCGGUGCUUGGCGCCAGGUUAGCCACGGCAUGGAGGAAACUGACUUCUCCCCCACCCUUCUUGCUUCCCUUGAGGAGCUCGAUGGCUGUACUGAAGAAGAGGUGUGGGAAGUUGUCGAGGGCGUCAUUGAGCCCUUGGCGGUUCUACGCGCCACUGUCCUCUGCUGGAGGAAUGCGCACCCUGCCUCAGAGUGGCAUGCCAUGGUUGCGGAGAAUGUUCUGCUCCUCCUGGACCCAGCCGUGCUUGCUGAUUCCAAACAAGCGACCAAACCUCGCCCCCCUAAACGUUGGGACGUGCCGCCUGAGUGGACUCUGCCGGGAGCAGCCCCCCUUGCUUCGACUGGGGAGCGUGUGACAAGAACCGUCGCAGCUCCACCGCCUGCCGUUUUGCCACCCUACGGCCCACAGUCUAUGCCGAUUCGACUGGCAUCCGCUUACGCCCUGUGGCUUCAAGACGUCACUAGGUUCCUCUGGCUCUCCUCGGAAGUGAAGAACGCGAAGUACAAGGCUCCUGUUCAUGACUGGCUGGCGCGGUUCAGCUACCCCUUCCGCUCUGGGGAGAAGGUCGGCUUCAAUGCCAUGCACAACGUCCAGUGGCAGGAGGACCAAAGCCUCGUCUACACAUCCUUCGCCAAGCCAGACCCGAAGGAUCAGAAGGAGCAGACCGAGGAGGCUGGCUCUACUGGUGAUGCGCAGGGUGAACGCAGCAGGAGUGAAGCCCAUGAGCUCCGCCUGAAGGCCAAAGAGGAGGCGCUGGCAAAGAGGGAAGCCGACAUUUCCCAACGUGAGGCUGAGCUGGAGCGCUCCUGGCGCGACGUCGAGGCCUUGCAGAGCUCCUACCAGCAGCUCAGGGCCCAGGCGCAGGAGCUGGUACAGCAGAUCGGCGCUCAGUCGGAGGCGGCGCUCCGCGUGGCCGCGCUCCGCCUGGCUCCCAUGCAGCAGGUGGCCCAAAGGCCGUUUCAGCCUUGGAAGUCUCCUGUGGCGGCCCUGGAGUCCGGGGAAGCGGACCCAGCAUUGCACUUUGACACCGGGCAUCCCAAGUGGUCCGGCGUGGAGGUGCUGACGUGCGUGAGUGGUGGGCGAUUUGUGAAGGUGAUGGACUUCCCCGUUUUUCACAUCUUCCGUGCAUCCACGCCUUUGCCUGUUCACAACGUUUGUGAGAAUCACGAGUGGGACGGCAUGCACAUGCGUCUCCGUUUUUAUCAAGAAUUUCUGGAAGAGUACCUUGCGUCGUCCGCUGGUGGUCGGCAGCGCCUCUUUAUCGUCUCUGACGGCAUGGAUGUCAUCUUCAACGAUCUGAGACAACUUAUUGAUGCAGAUCCCAAUUUGAAGGACAUUCGGCCGGUGGAGGCUGUUGCUCAGAUCAUCAUCCAGCGCUACGAG